AGUCCUCUGUGGACAAGGACAGUGAUGAUGUGGACAGGAGCAAUGAUGACAGUGGGAAUGCAGCCUGGCAGGAACUGCUGCACAGUCAUGCAGUUAAUCAACUUAAAAUUUUGUUGCAACAUCAAGAAAGAAUGGAAAGUGAAGUCUCUCCAUCAAGGAGGAAGAUGUCGUUCUGUGAGGAAUUGUCUGGGAUGAAAGAUCGAGUACAAGUAGUUGUACUUGAAAAUGAGGAACUCCAUCAGAAACUGAAAUUUUUAACUGCGGAACAUUUGUUGAGAGAACAAACUCUUCUAGAUGCCUCAGCAAAUACUCAGAACUCUUGGCCUGUGGGUGGUAAUGACUGUAGCAUGCGUCAGCCUGUCACCUCAUCACCAGCACAUAACAAAGAUCAGGUUUUUGUUACAGCAGCUGUUGGAGAAGUAGAAAAAUGGCAUGCAGAACUGGAGAAACUAAAACUUCUUUAUCAAGAAAAAGUCAAUAUCCUUGAUGGUCAAGUACAGUCUCUAAGAAAAGACCUUUCAGAAUCUCAGAAGACAUGCAAAGAUUUGGAAGGAAGGCUAAAACAGCAAAAGUCACUCAUUUCAGCCACAAAUUCUAGUCGGGUUGGUGGUCUGUGUCUGAAAUGUGCACAACACGAGGCAGUUCUUGCACAGACUCAUUCUAAUGUUCACAUGCAGACCAUCGAGAGGGUAACAAAAGAAAGAGAUGACUUGAUGGAUGCACUUGUUUCACUGAGACGAAACAUGAAGGAGAUGCAACAAAGAGAAUCUAAUGCUUCUGAGCAAGUUAAACAAGCUGUGCAAAUGGCAGAAGAGGCCAAUUUAGAAAAAACAAGGGCUCUAGUCCAGUGUGAGCAGCUGAAAAGUGAGAUGGAACGGCAGAAGAAUCGUCUUGGAAGAGAGUUAGCUGCCCAGCUAAAUAAAAGGACUGACGAAAAAGAAGCACUGCGGGAAGAAAUGAAGAAGGAAAGGGAGGACUUGGCAGCAAUGGUGACAGCCUUGUCUGAGCAUGUGGCUAUGUUGGAGGCUCAGGUAGAGAGAAUUACAAGGGAAAAGAACUCUCUAGUUAACCAGUUGGAAGAAUCACAACAUCAGCUUGCAUCUCAUGAAAUGGAGAUGAAUAAGGUGUGUGGAGAAAUGCGCUAUCAGUUGAAUCAAACCAAAAUGAAGAAGGAUGAGGCAGAAAAGGAGCUCAGAGAGUACAGAACAAAAACUAUAAGGGAGCUUGAAAUUAAGGACCAGAAAAUAGAAAAACUAGGAUUAGAGCUGAAUGGAAACAAACAGCGUUUGGAACAAGCCCAGCAGGAUGUGACAGGAGCCAGAGAGGAGUGCCUAAAGCUGACAGAACUGCUGGGUAAAUCUGAGCACCAACUGCACCUCACCAGAUUGGAGAAAGAGAGUAUUCAGCAAAGCAUUAGCAAUGAAGCAAAGGCCCGAGCCCUUCAGGCCCAGCAAAGAGAGCAGGAGCUGACACAGAAGAUGCAGCAAAUGGAGGCCCAGCAUGAGAAAACUGUAAAUGAACUGGAUUCAUUGCUGACCUCCCAGAAUACAUUCAUAGCAAAAUUAAAGGAAGAAUGUUGUGUGUUGGCAAGGAAGUUGGAACAAAUGUCAGAAAAAUACAGAUCUGAAGUCAACCAGCUUAGUCAGGAAAAAGAGUAUCUUCAUGGCAGAUUGGAGAAGAUGCAGAAACGGAAUGAUGAAUUGGACCAACAAUGUAUCCAGCAUGGGAGAAUGCAUGAGAGGAUGAAGUCGAGGUUACAGCAGCUUGACAAGCACUGCCAGGCCACUGCCCAGCAGUUAGUGGAGUUGCUCAACAAACAGAAUCAGCUCUUCAAAGAGAAGCAGCUGCUUACAGAAGAGGUGCAGUUUCUGCGAAUACAGGAGAAAAAAUGGGAUGCAGAUCUCAAGCAGGACACAGAUGGAAUCAAGUAAAAACCUGGAUGGAUAAAGAGAAAUGAGC